UGGCGUCGAGGAGAAACUAUAUUGAACUUCGCUAGUCCAACAAGCUUGGGACCAGACUGGUGCCAGACUAAACUACUGAAGCUUAGGUUUAAAGGGAAAAACAAUGUGUAUACUGUAUUGUACUGCUACAACUUAGUUUCAUAUGCUGUGUGGAAUGAAGCUACUAUAUUUGACUUCAUUGAGGAUGACAUCUUCUUCGAGGUUCUCUACCCUCAGGAAUUGAGCUAUACUUAUCGUCUCCGUCAAGCAAAAAACAUUGGAAUUCCUUUUACGCACGUAUUUCAUGGAGUUCGGCUAGUGGUGGCUGAUCCUAUGGAAUGUUGUUCACUGCCUUAUAAUGCACCUGAACUUAAAGGGGCUGUUGCCUUAGUUUCAAGAGGGGAUUGCUCAUUCGUGAGUAAAGCCAUAAAAGCUGAACAAGCAGGAGCACUUGCCGUUAUUGUGAUGGACAACAACCCUGAAAAUGACGAAUUUUAUAUUGAGAUGGUAAAGGAUGACACCAACCGAGAUCCAAAAAUACCAGCAGCUUUUCUCUUGGGCAAAAGCGGGUAUAUGAUUGCAAAAAUAUUGAGUGAUGAGCAUGAAGAAGCAGCUAUUAUCAACAUUCCUGUCAACCUAACUUCAGUUCCUUUUCAUAAAUUAAAUCAACCUCCAUGGAUAAUUUGGUGAUGUUUGGUUAUUUAGGUUUAUAAUAAUACCAGAGAUUACGAGAGUUGAUAUUAUGUUAGCUUAAAGACAUGGGCGUCUGCAGGAAAGCAACAGUAGGCAGUCCCUUCCCCUCAAAUAUCUAGCAAAAGUAUAUUAAAAAAUUGAUAUUCAUAAUAUUGUACAAGAAAAUGGGAAAUGCAGUAAUGCAAAAGGAAAUUUAUGUAUUAGAUAAAAAUUUCAUUAUUAUUUUGGCAUUUUCAUAAUUUUUAGCAAUAAUGUCUAUUUGUCAACAUUGUCCUCUCUGAAACAUGUUCUAUUGAUGCCCAUGCAUAAGGUCCCCCUCCAAGUACAAUCGUAGUUAUGGCCAGUGAUUUUACAUAACUAGAAGAAGCAAAACAAUGAAAGCCACCAUGACAGUUAAACAUAACAAAAUCUAAAAUUUUAUAAUUUAUAUUUACAUAACUAGGAUUGGAAUAGGAUACAGUAAGUCCUCGAUAUAUGUGAGGGAUGCAUUCCUGAAAACCUCGCAAAAGUCAAAAUCACAUAUAUCAAGUACAGUACUGUACUUAAAUUAAAUGGGAAAAGUAGGAUGAGUUCCAUAACCCAAAAUGAAAAUGUUCCAGACAAAUAAACUACCUGCAUAAAACAAAUCAAUAUAUUAAUUGAAAAUAACAGAUAAAGCAAGUGUACAGUAUAGUGUACUUAACAAUAAAAGUAGAUACAUCAACUUGGGUAGACAAGAUGAUGGAGGUGGUGGUAGGGGUUUUACAUAGUGGGUGUUGGAGUGACCUCUGCAGAGUUAUCAGGGUUGGAAUACAUAUCAGAGAGUGUGACAUCUCGCAUAAGGCUGAAUUUUGCUCACAUUAAUUGAAUUCCUGGUAGGAGUAGGGUCUACGCAUAUGAGUGAACUCGUAUAUGUCAAGGACUUACUGUACUGAUAACUCUAUAGUCUAUACAGUAAUAUAAAUAGCGUUUGGUUACUUUCAUCCCCGACUCAUUCUAAACCCUGAAAAUCAUACCUUCAGCUUCAUUCCUUAAUAAAGGCCCUUCUUAGCUUGGAAAUCCCUUCCUAUUUGCUCACAAAGUGCCUACUACUGUGGUCAAGUAAUUUAUAGCCACUUCAGUACAGUUUCAUUGUGAAACAAAAAACCAAAGAUAAUUAGUAUAUUUAUUGAAAAUACUUCGUAAAAAAAAAAACAAGUGUGGAUUCACAUAUUUACAAUAUUGUGAAGUUAUAGAAAUAUGGAAUUUAAUGGAAAAUCUGGUUUGUUUGGAACUACUGUACAAUGCAGUGUACAGUAUAUGUAAUAAAAAUUAUGUCAUCUUGAAUUUCCAAAAAUGUAAAUUAGUUGGGUAAGAAUAUCCAUUCAUCAUUAGUGUGAAUUUAAAAAAAAUGUGAUAGACAUUUCUUUAAAUACAGGUUGACAAUCCCUUAUCCGAAAUCCUUGGGGCCAGAGGCAUUUCGGUUUUUGGAAUUUUUCGGUUUUCAGAAUGGUUAGUUUUUU